AGAAGGCGGGUUAUUAAGAACGGAAUUGCGUUUCCUGACAGGCUCACCUUCGGGUGGAGAACACGCCAGAAACCUUUUAAAUACGCGCCGCCUCUCGUAGUUGACAGUGCAGGAAAAAAGGUGGUAACCCUUACGACGUCGUCAGCUAAAGGAUCACACACAGCAAAGGGGGAAACAUGGACGCCCGGACCGGUUUCAUUGUGUUGUGCUUGAUUGGAUUCAGCUGUGCGGAAACAGUGAAAUAUAUAGAUUGCGGCUCGGUUUCUGGGAAAGUGGUGACGGUUGAAAUCACCCCUUGUCCCAGUCAGCCCUGCAAGCUAAAAAGGGGAGACUCCUACACUGUCAAUGUGACAUUCUCCUCCACUGUGCCGAGCCAGGAGAGCACUGCAGUGGUUCACGGUGUCAUCGCUGGCGUUCCUAUCCCCUUCGCUAUUCCGAUUGUAGACGGCUGCAAAUCUGGAAUUGAGUGUCCCAUCCAGAAUGGGCAGACUUAUCACUAUGUGGCUACGUUACCUGUAAAGGACGAGUAUCCAGCUCUCAAGCUGGUUGUGGAGUGGGAGCUAAGAGACGACAACAGCAAGGAUCUCUUCUGCAUCAAGUUUCCAGUGGAGCUUGUGUAACAAACAAACAAACAAACAAACAAGUAAAUGCCUCUGAAAGGGAACUGGUUUUGUUAAAAUGACAAGUGUUCUACUAACACUGAAAGAUCUUGUUUUAUAUCGAUCAAACUGAUUUUUAAGUGUUCACUAGUUUGCAAGACUUUAUCGCACAUCUAAAAUUCUGCUGAAAUUAGAGGCUUUGUUUUCUCCCCACGAUCUUCCUAAUAAUCAAAUUACGAGUUGUGGAUGUGUGAUUGACCCUGAACUACAUUCCACUGCUGUGCAACUGUCUUGUCUUACUGGCUGCUGUGUAGUCAGAGAAGGUACAUGCUGUGCUUUCUCUUUACUAUGAAUUUUGUAAUAUUUCUUGUUGACCAUGUGCAGCAAGAUUUAAGGAAGUGAAUUGUUAAAGAAAAUUCUAAUGGAGCUCUAAAUGUGUGCCCAAAUGGCAUUUUUUGUUACAUGAAUGUGUGUUUUCAAUAAAACUGUACCUUUGUCAAAUA